AGUCGAAUCGGAAUGCACCGGAGUGUGCAUACCUGCGUGUAUAAGAUGUCUCAUGAUCCCAGUCUUUUCAGUCUUUCUUUCUUUCUUUCUUUCUCGUCCCUCGUCCUGAACAUUCAAACCACAGUCACUCGCUUAGACCUACAACCAUGUCGUCAAGAUCCCUUCUUUCCAUCCUUUUGGCGGUCUGGCAAACUGUUGCAACUCCUCACGGUGGAUACAGUGUUGAGCGAACCCUCGCCGAACGACUAUCUUGUCCGAAAUGCAAUGGCAUUACUUACGCUACCAAUAACGGCGAUCUCUUUGAGAUUGUUUGCAAAAACUUUGCAAAUGCGAACCAGGGUGAAAACACUAUCCAUUCUGUGACAUUGGCCGGAGAACCUGCAGACAACUUCGAAGAUUGCAUCGAUCGUUGCAGCAAGUCCGAAACGUGCAUCGAGGCGCUCUAUACUCCCUUUGGCGACCAGCCUGAAGGCGGUGAGUGCUCGCUUUUCGAUACCGAGGAGUUCCAAGAGGAUUUUGAGUGGCUCGCCAGACGAGUUAGGCGUGCGUCAGGUACUGGUACGUAUCUCUUGAAUGGCAUUCAUUCGAAAGUGUUUCGAUUUUGACACUAGCUACAGCUUCAUCUUCGACGGGUGCUCCCACUGGUACAUCGGCUUCUUCUGGUGCAACGACCUCAGCUGGUACCACUGGUGCUUCCAGUUCCUCUGACGCAACAACGUCAGCCAGUACCACCUCAUCCGACUCACCUCUCCCACCAGUUCUCUCGAGCUUGUUGUCGGAGAUCGACUCCGUGUUGCCGACCAACCUACCGACAGAUCUGCCGC